AUGAAUCUAUCAGAAAAUAAAAGUUAUCCAAAGGCCAGUAAGAUUUCUUUUCAAAAUGACGAUAAUUGCCAAAAGCCUGCUUUUGAAUCAGUUACAAAUUUUCCGUACUUACGUAAACAGACUGAAAUCGAAAUUAACGACGAAAAUUUUAUAACGUCUUCAAAAUGGAACCCAUUUCAUUCGAAUAAAGAGUUAACAUAUGAUAUAAAUAAGGGUUUAACAACUGAUUAUUUUGAUCAAGUAGUAAAUAGUAUCACAACACCGGAAGACUUUCCUAAUAAUAAAGUUAAAAGUAUUUUUUAUCAGAAAUCGAAAAAUAAUGAGGAAUUACAAGAAAAUAACGAACAAAGAUCUAAAUCUGUACUUUCUACUGAAAGCCAAAUAACAUCGAGUGUAGAUAAAUCUAUGUUGGAUUUUGAAAGCUCGUCUAAUGUUCAUGGGCUAGAAAAUAAUGAUAACAUGAAUAACAGUACUAUUGUAACAGAUAUUGUAUCAAAAAAUUUAGAAAAUGUUAAGCGACAACAUAGGCGUAGCGAACAUGCAAAUAACUUGAAGAAUGUGAUAAAACAAUAUCAAAAGAUGACACAAGUUGAGAGACAAGAUCAGAAUAGCAUUGAAUUUACAACACUUCCAUUGUCUGAUAUGGCUGUUACUACUAAAAAGUCAUUUACUAAUAAAGACGAAGUUGUAGAAACUGAAUUAUAUAAUGAUUUUAAAAAGCCUAGAGGAUUACAUGACUUUAUCGAUGAUGAUGAGUCUCGGUAUGAAAUAUCAACUCAUAGUCAAAUAUUAGAAAAACAUAAAAGCAAUGAUGAUGAAGAGCCAUCAUUAGUUCGGUAUUAUGAAAAAUGGCAUAAUUUUUUGCACAAAAUGAAUGAGAGCGCUAGAAAUAAUUUCAAACUCGAAGAACUAAGAGUUAUGUACGAAAAUAUGCAUCAAAAAGAUCUUAAUGAUGACGUACACGAACUCCUACAGAAUUUAGAAAUGCAACGAAAACUUGAUAAGCAGCACGGUGUAACAAAUUAUUCACAAGAUUCGACAGUUACACACCAAACACCGGAUUCGACCCCCAAACUUGAAAAUUCUCUCAUAGAAAUGACGAGCCCAUCCAGAUCAGCUCGUACUACCAAAUUGAAUACGGAAUUUAAUAGUCGCGAAAAGAAAUAUGAUUUUGAAAGCUCGUCUAAUGUUCAUGGGCCAAAAAUUGAGCACAACACGAAUAACAGUCCCGUUGAUCCUAUGCUUGCAGAUAUUGUUGCAAAAAAUUUAGAAUAUGUUAAGCGACAAGAUUGGCAUAGUGGAAAUGCAAAUAAUCUGAGAAAUAUAAAAGAGCAAUAUCAAAAGAUGAGACAAGUUGACAUACAAGAUACGGAUAUAAUUGAAUUAUCAACAAUUUCAUUGUCUGAGGCGACUGUUGCUACUAGAGGGCUUUUCACUAGUACAGACAAAAACUUAGAAAUUGAAUUAAAUAAUUAUUCUGAAAAGCCUAGAACAUUAUAUAACUUCAUUAAUGAUAAAUCUCUUCAUGAAUUCUCAACUCAAAAUAAAAUAUUAGAAAAACAUGAAAGCAAUGACGAAGUGCUCUCAGUUCCGUUUUCUGAAAAAUGGGCUAAUUUUUUGCACAAAAUGAAUGAGAGCACUAAAAAUAAUAUCAAACUCGAAGAACUAAGAGUUAUUUACGAAAAUAUGCAACACAAAGAUCUUAAUGAUGACGUACACGAACUCUUACAGAAUUUGGAAAUGCAACGAAAACUUGAUAAGCAGCACGGUGUAACAAAUUCACAAGAUUCGACAGUUACACACCAAACACCGGAUUCGACCCCCAAACUUGAAAAUUCUCUCAUAGAAAUGACGAGUGAAGAACUUAAACGAGAGCAAAAUAAAAAUAAUGAGGAUGUUUUAGAUAACAUCAUUUUAGGCCCAUCCAGAUCAGCUCGUACUACCAAAUUGAAUACGGAAUUUAAUAGUCGCGAAAAAGAAAAAGUACAUGUAGGUCUAUUUAAACAUACAGUUUUCUAUAGAGGUUUCGAAGCGAAUUCGAAUAAAAUGCUGUGGUUUUUGAAACAUAUAGAUAAGCAUCUGUACAAUGGAAAUUAUAAAAGCAGUGUUUCCCAAAAAAUAGUAAAAGAGUUAAUUGAGAAUAUCCAAAUACUCAAGAAACAAAUACAAAAUGAGUGUUAUAUAUAUAAUGUAGGCGAAAGAAAGUCAAGUGGUCAUUACGUAAAUGACGUUAUAGAGAAAUUAAAUGGUUCAAUAAAGAUUAAUGCAUAUGAAGAUCAUAAUCUAACCCUCAGUAAUAUACAUAUUCCAGAUGAUCGAGAAUUGAGCAUAAAUAAAACAACCAAACCACUUGUCUCACUUUAUAAAAAUUCGUCAAAAAGCAAUCCGAAUCCUAUAAACUAUGACGAUGCAACUGUUAUAAUGUUGCCAGUAAGAGGUCGUUUUAAAUCUAUGUGUUUCAAUAAUGAUCCAGUGCCCUAUUUUGGCGAUAAAAAGAAGAAAAUAAAGAACCAAAAAUUAAAUGGCGACUCUAAUUUGAGUCCAACUACUGAUAUUACUACAUGUUCUGACACCACUUUUAAAGACGAAUUCAGUAACACCAAUGCACCCAUUGAUGCUACUACGGAUUCUGACACCACAUCUGAAGAGUAUGAACAUCUAGACUUUGAACUUAUUAAAAUAUCACAUCGAGAUGAAAAUAAACACGUAGAAAACAUCAAUAAAAAUUUGGGGGAUUCAGAUGAAAUACAUAUAAAAGAUACAGAAGCUGGCUGUAAAAUUCAGGCUACCCAAGAUUAUAGCAUAAUGAAAAACGAUACUGAAAAUCGAGCUUCUAAAAAGAAAAAAAAUGGCGCUGUUGAAAUCUUUACGAAUGAAAGUGAAGAACAAAUUGAUGUUAACGAUAUGUCUUUUAAAAUCAACCAAAAUAAAGAUGACCAAAAUUCCAAAACAAUGGAGGUAGAUACUGAAAAUCAAACAAAUGAAAAGGAAAAAAAUGGCGCUGUUAAAAUUUGUACGAGUGAAAAGGAACUAAAUCAUGAUUCUCAAAAAGAUAAUGAAAUACAAAUUAAAACACCACAGGAACAAAUUGAUGUUAACGAUAUGCCUUUUAAAAUAAACCAGAAUAAAGAUGAUCAAGAUUCUAAAACAAUGGAGGUAGAUACUGAAAAUCAAACAAAUGAACAGGAAAAAAAUGGCGCUGUUAAAAUUUGUACGAGUGAAAAGGAAGAACAAAUUGAUGUCAACGAUAUGCCUUUUAAAAUAAACCAAAAUAAAGAUGACCAAGAUUCUAAAACAAUGGAAAUUGAUACUGAAAAUCAAACAAAUGAAAAGGAAAAAAAUGGCGCUGUUAAAAUUUGUAUGAGUGAAAAGAAAGUAAAUCAUGAUUCUCAAAAAGGUGAUGAAAUACAAAUUAAAACCCCACAGGAACAAAUUGAUGUUAACGACAUGUCUUUUAAAAUAAACCAAAAUGAAGAUGACCAAGAUUCUAAAACAAUGGAAGUAGAUACUGAAAAUCAAACAAAUGAAAAGGAAAAAAAUGGCGUUGUUAAAAUUUGUACGAGUGAAAAUGAAGUAAAUCAUGAUUCUCAAAAAGAUGCUAACUUAGAUAAAACUCCUAUAUUGGGUAUACUAAUUAAAACCCAAGAGAAACAAAUUGAUGUAAACGAUAUACCUUUUAAAAUCAACCAAAAUCAAGAUGACCAAGAUUCUAAAACAAUGAAAGUAGAUACUGAAAAUCAAACAAAUGAAAAGGAAAAAAAUGGCGCUGUUAAAAUUUGUACGAGUGAAAAGGAACUAAAUCAUGAUUCUCAAAAAGAUAAUGAAAUACAAAUUAAAACACCACAGGAACAAAUUGAUGUUAGCGAAAUGCCUUUUAAAAUAAACCAAAAUAAAGAUGACCAAGAUUCUAAAACAAUGGAGGUAGAUACUGAAAAUCAAACAAAUGAACAGGAAAAAAAUGGCGCUGUUAAAAUUUGUACGAGUGAAAAGGAAGUAAAUCAUGAUUUUCAAAAAGAUAAUGAAAUACAAAUUAAAACACUACAGGAACAAAUUGAUGUCAACGAUAUGCCUUUUAAAAUAAACCAAAAUAAAGAUGACCAAGAUUCUAAAACAAUGGAAAUUGAUACUGAAAAUCAAACAAAUGAAAAGGAAAAAAAUGGCGCUGUUAAAAUUUGUAUGAGUGAAAAGAAAGUAAAUCAUGAUUCUCAAAAAGGUGAUGAAAUACAAAUUAAAACCCCACAGGAACAAAUUGAUGUUAACGACAUGUCUUUUGAAAUAAACCAAAAUGAAGAUGACCAAGAUUCUAAAACAAUGGAAGUAGAUACUGAAAAUCAAACAAAUGAAAAGGAAAAAAAUGGCGUUGUUAAAAUUUGUACGAGUGAAAAUGAAGUAAAGCAUGAUUCUCAAAAAGAUGCUAACUUAGAUAAAACUCCUAUAUUGGGUAUACUAAUUAAAACCCAACAGAAACAAAUUGAUGUAAACGAUAUACCUUUUAAAAUCAACCAAAAUCAAGAUGACCAAGAUUCUAAAACAAUGGAAGUAGAUACUGAAAAUCAAACAAAUGAAAAGGAAAAAAAUGGCGCUGUUGAAAUUUGUACGAGUGAAAAGAAAGUAAAUCAUGAUUCUCAAAAAGAUAAUGAAAUACAAAUUAAAACACCACAGGAACAAAUUGAUGUUAACGAUAUGCCUUUUAAAAUAAACAAAAUAAAGAUGACCAAGAUUCUAAAACAAUGGAAGCAGAUACUGAAAAUCAAACAAAUGAACAGGAAAAAAUGGCGCUGUUAA